CUUCCCGCUGCGUUUAGUACCGUUCGGAUUGCGGAACGGAUCGGUUCUCCGUCGAUAACAGGAAGCUAUGGUGACAAAAGUGCUCGUGUUGGCCCUGCUGGCCAGCGUAACCCUCGCGGUGAAUCCCGACCUCGAGGACCAGGAGCUGGCGGGUCAAAAGUACGUCAGCGAUCUGGAGGCGGACAUCCUGGCCCGGAACAACGAAGCCACGGAAGCGUCCUGGGCGUACGAGUCGGACAUCAGCGAGGCUCACCUGAAGGCCCGGGACGAGAUCCAAGUUCGCAACGCAAACUACUUCAAGGAGGUUGCCCGCGAGCUGCGCAAGUACGACUGGCAGAACUUCAAGAAUGGCGACCUGAAGCGGAUGUUCAAGAAGAUGACCGACCUCGGCUACGCCGCUCUGCCGGAGGCCAAGUUCACCGAGCUACUGGACGCCAUCUCCAGCAUGUCGGAGAACUACGCCACGGCCAAGGUGUGCGACUACAAGAACCGCGAGAAGUGCGACCUGGCGCUCGAACCGGAACUGACGGAGAUCUUCGCGACAAGCCGUGACCCGGAGGAGCUCAAGUAUUACUGGGCGCAGUGGUACGACAAGGCUGGAACCCCAACCCGAGAAGCGUUCGACAAGUACAUCAAGCUGAGCAAUGAAGCGGCCAAGUUGAACAACCUCUCAUCCGGUGCGGAAGCCUGGCUGGACGCGUACGAGGACGAAACCUUCGAGCAGCAAGCGGACGCCGCCAUUGAGCAGAUCCGUCCCCUGUACGAGCAGAUCCACGCGUACGUCCGGCACAAGUUGCGCGAGCGUUACGGUGAGGAUGUCGUUUCGGAAAAGGGACCCAUUCCGAUGCACCUGCUGGGAAAUAUGUGGGCCCAGACGUGGGAUAACGUGGCGGACUUUACGACGCCGUACCCCAACAGUCAGCUGAUGGAUGUGACUGAGGAGAUGGUCAAGCAGGGUUAUACCGCAAAGCAGAUGUUCGAGAUGGGGGAUGACUUCUUCGUGUCGCUGAAUAUGACUCGGUUGCCGCAGUCCUUCUGGGAGAAGAGCAUCCUGGAGAAGCCCACCGACGGUCGCGAGCUGGUGUGCCACGCCAGCGCCUGGGACUUUUACAAGACCGAUGACGUACGCAUCAAGCAGUGCACGCGCAUCAACAUGGAGGAUUUCUUCACGGCGCACCAUGAGCUGGGCCACAUCCAGUACUUCCUGCAGUACCAGCACCAGCCGUCGACCUACCGCGAGGGUGCGAACCCCGGUUUCCACGAGGCCGUCGGGGACGUCAUUUCGCUGUCCGUUUCCACGCCGAAGCACUUGGAGAAGAUCGGACUCCUCAAGGACUUCGUUAUGGACGAGGAAGCCAAGAUGAACCAGUUCUACCGCCAGGGUCUGUCCAAGUUGGUGUUCCUGCCGUUCGCCUACACGCUGGACAAGUACCGUUACGGUAUGUUCCGAGGGGAAAUCAAGCCCGACCAGGCCAACUGCAAGUUCUGGGAGAUGCGUACCAAGUUCUCCGGCAUUGAACCGCCGGUAGUCCGCAGCGAGAAGGACUUUGAUGGGCCCGCCAAGUACCACAUGUCCGCGGACGUUGAAUAUCUGCGCUACCUGGUGUCCUUCAUCAUCCAGUUCCAGUUCCACCGGUCGGCGUGCGAACUGGCCGGCGAGUACGUCAAGGGGGAUCCUGUGAAGACGCUGAACAACUGUGACAUCUACCAGAACGCGAACGCUGGCAAUGCCAUCAAGGAGAUGCUCGCGAUGGGAUCUUCGAAGCCGUGGCCGGACGCGAUGGAGGUGCUGACCGGGCAGCGCACGAUGAGUGCCGACGCGUUGCUCGAGUACUUCCAGCCGCUGCAGGAUUGGCUGGUGGUGGAAAACAAGCGGACAAGUGCUUACGUCGGAUGGGAGAAGUCGGACAAAUGCAAGUCCAACUAAUCAGGUUCCGGGAUUGCAGAACUGCCAUGAUUAUUUCAAUAAAUCCGUUCGGAAUGCUUAA